AAUUGACGUCUCGCCUAAAGGCAAAUGACUGCGUGUCGUCUUCUGCUAGUAAAUUAUCAGUUUGUACGUAUUCUCCGAUCUUUCAAAUUUACUUGAUUUUACUUGGCACCACGUUACGGUAGCGCCGACUAAAAAGAGUCUAAUGAACUCGCUGUACACAGCUAAACUUUGAGAUGGCCUUGAAUUUGGGCGAUAUCGACGCCUGUAUUCAAGAUUUAAUUGAUUUAACCGAAGAUUACAAAGAGCUUGAAGCAACUCACAAAGACUACACAGUACAAUUGGAACAACUGUCAGAACUACAAACAAAAUGUGUGAAAAAUUUGAGCCAUCAAAGAUACCGAUUAGGGAUUAUCAAGUCAACAUUAAAAAAGCUUAAACCAAAGGAUGACUCAGAGAAAGAAAAAUUUCAACUUCUGAACAAGGAUUUAAUGAGGAGACAAGCUCAACUAAAUGAGAUGGAAGAAUCUUUACCUAAAAAGAGUGGGACAUACCUUAAAAUCAUACUAGGUUCAGUCAAUGUGUCAUUUCUCAACAAACAGGAAAGGUUCAAGUACAAGGAUGACUAUGAAAAGUUCAAACUUGCUCUAAGUGCUAUAGCAAUGGGACUAUCUGUAACAAACCUUCUUGCCAAUUUAAGGAUCUUGGAUUUGGCCUUUGUUUUCCUAAUGGUGUGGUAUUACUGCACUCUGACAAUCCGCGAAUCAAUCUUACGAGUAAAUGGCUCCAGAAUCAAAGGGUGGUGGAGAGCGCAUCAUUUCAUUUCGACGGCACUGUCUGCUGUUUUACUCACAUGGCCUGACUCCGCUACGUAUCAUCUGUUUCGUCACCAGCUGAUGUGGUUCUACGUCUACAUAAGUUUUGUUCAGUACCUUCAGUUCAGAUACCAGCAAGGCUGUCUGUAUCGUCUCAAAGCUUUGGGCGAGCGACACGAUAUGGAUAUUACCAUUGAAGGGUUCCAUUCUUGGAUGUGGCGAGGACUUAGUUUUUUACUACCUUUUCUCUACCUGGGAUAUUUCUAUCAAUUGUACAAUGCUUGGGCCUUGUAUCAACUUAUUUCUCAUCCGAAUAGUGAGUGGCAGAUUCCAGUCCUUUCCUUCCUUUUCCUGAUACUUUUUCUGGGGAAUAUUUUGACAACAUCUAUGGUAAUUCCGCAGAAACUAAGAGACAAAGUUCGUCUUAAAUACCGUUUCACACGUCUCGACAAGUAUUUUUCCACUUAUACCAAGGGUGGUAGACGAUUUACGUUAUCUGAUCGUUCGCGAUCGAAUGAAGGCCGUGAUUCCGUUAUCCAAGGGGAGCAUGCAGCAAAAACUGAUUCGGAAAAAAUUAAAGAAAAUCAUGGUUCACCUAGAGACAUAAGUCAUAAUUUUGAGAAUGAAAAAGACCAAUGAAACUAGUGUUACAAGAAAAAAAGUUCGUCCGAGAUACAGUCAACUGAUCGGAAAACUUGUAACUUCAGACUAAUACCGAAUCACAUCACCGUUGAAAGCAUAUUUUUGUCUUGUCUGUUGUUUUUUUUUGUUUUGUUUUUUUUCUAGUUUUUUUUUUUUUUUUUUUUUGUUUGCUUUUUCAUUAUUAUUAUUUUGUUGGGAAGAACCCUUUUUUUAAAUAAAUUUUUCCCCUUUACUCAAACCACGAAAAGAAAAAUUUAUUGCACUGGCACAUUUUCUCUUUGAUUUUCACGUGUUUUUGUCCUAUAUGUUGUGGUUUUUCCAACAUUUAAACCGAUUUCGGUUUGCAACCAAAAGCUGGCUGUAUCCACGGAUGUUCUAAAUAAAAUAAACAAUACGAAAUGGAUAAC